UUUUAAAGAGCCUUCAGUUACAUUCUACUGGAGAGGGCGAGGGUAGUUCAGAAGAUCGAACUCAGUUAACAGAUUAGCAUCAAGGAGAGACCGAGCGCUGCUAUCAGCACCAAGGACAAGUAUUCAAGCACAGUAUUCACAGCUAUGUUACAAAUGAACAAUUCCCAGCUUCUGCUGUUAUUGGCCCUGUGCAGUGUGUUAUAUUCUAAGACAUUGGGGCUACCUGCGCUUGGAACAUAUACCGCGAGGUUGGGGAACACAAUGACUUUAGAUGGAGAUAGUGAAAGCGACUGGGCAAAGGGCUUAUCAAAACAAGAUUCGGUUCCAGAAAGCUAUAAACUUUAUUAUGAUUUAGCAAAUGCAGUGGCCAGAACUACAAGACACGCGGAUGGGCUUUUCACUAGUGAAUACAGUAAACUUCUUGGCCAGCUUUCUGCAAAACAGUACUUAGAGUCCCUUAUUGGAAAAAGAGUCAGCAACAACUUUUUGGAGGAACAGAUACCAGUCAAGCGCCACUCUGAUUCCAUAUUUACUGACAACUAUAGCCGCUUUCGAAAACAAAUGGCUGUGAAGAAAUACCUAAACUCUGUCCUUACAGGAAAAAGAAGCCAUGAAGAGAUGAAUCCUGCAAGCCUUCAGGAAGAAGCCACCCUUAGUGAGCCCUACUCAGAAAACUAUGAUGAAGUUGCUGUAAAUGAGCUCCUCAACCGCCUUCCACUGACCCUCUGAAGAAACACACUGAAAAGAAAAACAUAAUUUUGCAUAUGUUUCAGUUUAUAUAGCAUUACAAGGACUUCAGUAUAAAAACCAAAGCAGAUGUUGUGAAGUUGAAAUGGUGAUACUGUAUAUGUGAUUAUUACAUAUACAUUAUAUAAAUAUAUAUACACAAGUUGGUGUUUACACUGUAAAUAGUAUAAUUUAGAGAGCUUUGCAUAAAGAUGUACAUAUGUAUGCUAGACUUGAAUUCAUAAAUAUUGCGUGGACUUAUCUUCUGUAAACCUUUAUUUCAAUAAAUGCCUUGGUAUGAGUACUGUGCAACACAAUGCAGCAUGGAUACCAUUCUUUCCAAACAUAUAAAAAUGAAUAUAAACAAAAAUUAUUAUUAAUGCAACUCAGGAUACAUUUUGUACAAGAACCCUCUUAAAUGGUCAUACUUCCAUUUAACACUGGUUAUUGUAAAUUUUGUUAGCACACCUUUAAGGGGUACAAUAACCACUUAAAGGAGUGACAGCCAAGGAUUUAAAAUCCACA